AGUUUCGUGCCGUGGCCUAUCAUUAUGGCGCAAGCUGAGACGUGGAUAGGCAAACUGACUGGGCGCAUCUUGUCGAAUCUGGCACACCAGAUGGCCUCUCCUCGAUUGUCGAUCGACAAAAAGACGCUGGAAAAGUCUUGGAAACUGAUGGACAAAGUCGUGAAACUCUGCAACAAUCCGCGUCUCAACUUGAAGAACAGCCCGCCAUUUAUUCUUGACAUAUUACCCGACACGUACCAGCAACUGCGCCACAUCUACGCUCGAUAUGAGGACAGCAUGGCGGCUCUAAAUGACUGCGAGUACUUCCGCGUCUUUAUCGACAACCUUAUUCAGAAGAGCAAACAAGCUGUACGGUUGUUCAAAGAGGGUAAAGAGAAGGUUUACGAUGAGGAGUCUAGUUGUCGUCGUGGUCUGACGAAGCUCAGUCUUAUAUUCAGCCACAUGCUUGCCGAAUUGAAAUUUCUUUUUCCCGAUGGACGCUACAAUGGAGAUUCGUUUCGAAUUACGAAGAGCGAUGCUUCGGAAUUUUGGAAGAAAACGUUUGGCUCCAGGUGA